GGCUUGUUUUACAUUGCAGCUGACAGUGCAGGCAAGGCAACCUUGCAUCAUAAAUAACUAUUAUUUGUCAGUCAAAGUUUACCCAUAUACAUUAUGGUUUUGAUUCUAACACGGCCAUACAUUCAAGGCUGGUGAUGGACUGCCUAUUAUGAAUCUAACAAAACACAGGCUAUACCAAGUGAAAAGAAUGGUUUGAAGUUGAUUUUCCCAUUAGGAUUAAUUUUAGAUGAACUAUUGAUAGAACCUAUACUGGGUUAAUUGAGGACAAGCUUUCAGACAAUGAACUAAAUAGUAAUGGAAGCUGUAUACAGAUCAUCAUUGCGCAGCAUGUCACUGACAGCAAGCCUCCCAAAUGUAUGAUAAUCCUUCAUGGUGCAGCUAUAGGCAUAGAUUUGGAUGUGUUCAUUUAUAUUGUAACAUACGAUAUAACGGACGGUGGUUUAUGACAAAAAAAAUGCACUAGGCUACAAUUAUUUUCAGCCAAUUCGACUAAUUCGUACCAGCAAUGAAUACGGCGUUAUUCUACAAUGUGCAGCAGCCAGUGCAUUAAACGCAGGUUGCGUCCGGUAAAUCAGAUUAUUGGACGGUAAAAGGCUGGCUAUGGUAAAAUGGAUUGUGACGUGAUGGUUUAAAAUCCCGGGGGAGGGCUAGCAUCGCAUGUCCUCGCCCACGGUAAAGCAUGGCUCCUCAAAUAUCACCCGAGUGAGGCGUGAACCAGCACGAGCGGUAACAUGGCCACCUAUCACCAGAUACCAGAUGAUGAGAAGGGGUAUGAGUUGGACCUCUUCUGUGUCCCCAAACACUAUGAGGAGGAUUUAGACAGGGUCAUCAUCCCUCAUGGACUGAUCAUGGACAGGACUGAGCGCCUGGCUCGUGAUAUAGUCCGGGACAUGGGGGGACACCAUAUAGUAGCACUGUGUGUUCUCAAAGGAGGUUAUAAAUUCUUUUCUGACCUGCUGGACUAUAUCAAGGCCCUAAAUCAGAACUGUGAUAAGUCUGUCCCGUUGACUGUGGAUUUCAUUAGACUAAAGAGCUAUUGCAAUGACCAGUCUACAAACAGUGUCAAAGUUAUUGGAGGGGAUGAGCUCUCUACUCUAACGGGGAAGAAUGUUUUGAUAGUUGAGGACAUUGUGGAGACUGGGAGGACUAUGGAGACACUGCUAUCACUGCUGAGUGAAUGCAAUCCAAAGAUGGUCAAAGUGGUCAGCCUUCUAGUUAAGAGAACACCAAGGAGUUCAGGAUACAGACCAGACUACAUGGGGUUUGAGGUGCCUGAUUGGUUCCUGGUGGGAUAUGCCCUGGACUACAACGAGUACUUCAGAGAUCUCGGUCACAUCUGUAUACUGAACGAGAAAGCAAAGGUGAAGUACAAAGUGUGAGUUGAAGAGGAGGCAAUGGACAGAUGGAUGAACCACUUUGGAUGAAACACUAGGAAAAUUGAGAUUUUUGGGGUUCUGAACCAAAUGUUUUAUUUAUUUAUUUUUUACUCAUGGAUCCUACUUACAUACUUAAUAGAGCCCCACGGUGGUGUCAUAAUACCUAUAUAAUCUAGAGGUCAACCAGAUAAAUGGUUCCAAUCGGUUUUCCACCAUUUAGAUACCGUUUGGAACCACUUUUGUUUGACCGCUGGAUGUAAUGGGGAUUAUGAUUCAUACAUUGGUAUUCUAUGUGAACACAUGGAUUGUGAAUUCACUUUGCAAGAUGCUCUUUGAGAACAUUUUUUAUUUCUUAUUUUCAAAAUGAUUGUUGCCCUGGAAGGAGUGGGAUGAGUAAUGUGUUUUUUAAGUAGAGGAGGACUCGUGUAAAGAUGGUUAUGGGAGAUAUUACACUAUUAUAAUUUCAAUGUAUUUUAUAUAUUAUCUUGGGGCCUUGAAGGCUUCUUAGUCUGAUUACGUUAGUAAUAGUGAACAGUGGCGACCUGCCAUUCAGGGUAGGUGUGGCAGAGCCCCACCUGUUUUGAGCCCCACCUGUUUUGAGCCCCACCUGUUUUGAGCCCCACCUGUUUUGAGCCCCACAUUUUUAGGGGGGAUUGCCUGUUUUGCAUGUUGUUUUGUCAUUGAUACGUGUCACAUCAGUUUGUAAACAAUGUAAAACAAUAAAUGGUAAAUCUAAUCAUUGAGUUAAUAAAGCCGUCUACAAACUUGG